CUUGUCGAGCCACGCCCACACCCCUUGGCGAGCGUCAGCCUCCGUCCACUCUUGAGACGCAAGCGCGAGCGGGUAAACUGCGUUAUGGAGAAUUGGCGGAGGACGGCGAGCCAGACCGGGAGGUUCUCGUAGCUGUGUGCCCGCAGUUGCCCCCCUUAUAAUGGAUGAUGAGUCGGAGCCGAGGCCCGAGGAGCCACCGGGCGCCGAUGGGGUCAACACGAGACCAUCCUGGCUUGGCCUUCAUGCGCCAGCAGCCUCCACUGAGGACAGCUCAGGACAUGGAGGUGUGGAGGACCGCCGUCCACCGCAGGAGUGGAGCCCACCCUGCCUGUUUGAGCCCCCGCCCCUCGACUGGAGUGAGACAGCCAGCCUGGACUCCUACAGCAACAGCGAGAGCUGCUCCAUCUCCGAGGCGGCACAAGCUCACGAAAUGCCCUCGGGUGAGCUUGAAGGGCCGUGCCCCUCGUUGGUGCCUCCCCGGUGUUCAAGCACCGACUGUGGCUGCGGCCCCCCUCAGCACGCGGGCCGGCCGUCCAGCACCGUAGCCGAAGGGGGACGUGAUGAAGAUCACAACAGCAUUCAUGUUCUUCUGGCGCAGCUCCGGGCGUCUGACACGCAAGUCACGGGGGCUCAGUCAGGUUUGCAAGAAGACUGGGGGGCUCCUGCCAGGCUUGGAGCAAAUCGCGGGGAUCUGCGGGCAGGUCAGGAUGGACCCCACACGGAUGUUGGAGGUGGGCUGCUGUUUUCAGAGUCCAGCCAAAGAGAGCUUGUGAGCUUUUUGGAUUGUGAGGGGGGCACCGCUUUACACGAGGUGGCAUCGGCCCUGAGCUCCAGUAACCCACCCUUAGAGUACAAGGCCCAGGGGAGCGAGGUGGACUCGGUGGUCUCCAUCUCCUACGGGGGUCUGGCCCAGGAUUUGAAGGAAAGACAAGUGGAGCAGGGAGGCCAGUCACUUGGCACGCAGGAAGACGAGCCCCUUGCCCGUCAGUCACCCGGCAGUCCCGAGGAGACCCCUGAGCCCAUCUGGCUGAAGAUGCACUCACCAUCACUGGCCGAGGUGGAGCAUCAUGGGAAGCAGGCAGAGGACGCGAACCAGGCUGGCGUUCCUGCAUUUAAAGACGUGCCAGGCCCCUGUGACCCUGAAGAUCUUCUGGAUGGUGUCAUCUUUGGAGCAAAAUACCUGGGCUCGACCCAACUGCUGUCGGAGAAGAACCCGUCGACCAACGGGCGCAUGAGGCAGGCACAGGAGGCUGUGGACCGCAUUAAGGCCCCCGAUGGCGAGUCCCAACCAAUGACUGAAGUGGAUCUCUUCAUCUCCACCAAACGCAUUAAGGUCCUGAGUGCCGCCACGCAGGAGGCCAUGAUGGAUCACCCACUUCAGACAAUCUCCUAUAUUGCAGAUAUCGGCGCCAUUGUGGUCCUGAUGGCUCACCGGAAGUCCCCAAGUCGGAGGGCAUCUGAAGCCAGCAACUCGCCUGCCACCGCGUCAUCGAGCAAGAAGUGCUGCAUGAUCUGUCACGUGUUCCUGUCCGAAGAUGCGCAGCUAAUUGCCCAGGCCAUCGGGCAGGCGUUCAGCGUGGCCUAUCAGCAUUUCCUACAGGCCAAUGGCAUCAAGCCCACCGAGCUUCAGCCCAGCGAGUACAGUCACUAUCUGGGGGCUCAGGAACUCUACAACGGUGACCUGGUGCACUUCUCCCGAUCUGAGAACCUCCGAGAGGUCUGCAUUGAAAAGCCGAGCGGGGAGAUUCUCGGCCUGGCCAUCGUGGAGUCUGGCUGGGGGUCCAUCCUGCCCACCGUGGUGGUGGCAAACCUCCUUCACGGGGGUGCCGCGGAGCGCAGCGGGGAGCUCAGCAUUGGGGACAGGAUCAUGUCUGUCAACGGAACCAGCCUUGUGGGACUGCCCAUCGCCACGUGUCAGGGGAUCAUUCGGGAGUUGAAGAACCAGACGCAGGUGAAGCUGAGCAUCGUGCACUGCCCGCCAGUCACCUUGGCAAUCAUCAAGCGGCCAGACCCCAAGUACCAGCUUGGAUUCAGCGUGGAGGAUGGCAUUAUCUGCAGCCUCAUGCGCGGUGGAAUCGCCGAACGAGGGGGCAUCCGUGUCGGCCAUCGCAUCAUCGAAAUCAAUGGGCAGAGCGUGGUUGCCACGCCGCAUGACAAGAUCAUCCAGAUCCUCACGCAGGCGAUCGGAGAGAUCCACCUGAAGACCAUGCCAGCGUCCACCUACCGGCUCCUGACCGGGCAGGACCAGCCUGUGUUCUUGUGAGACGGCUCGGGCACAGCCUGGCAUUGGGGUGACGACUGGAGAAGCCGCUUGCUGCCCUUCUGCAUGGUGACGGAAGGGACGUUUGGAGCUGCACAGGGUGAGAAGUUGGGGUGCCCUGCAUGGCCCUGAUGUUUAAAUCCAGCAGGUCUGACACACUGGGAUGCCUGGUGUGUGAGGGCUGGCGCCUGCUGGGGACGAUUUGUUUUUUAUGAUGGCAUCUCUGUGAUGGGUGUAAAGAAAAUCAAAUAAAGGACAUUUGAGCAGUGACA